GCGGGCCCAGCCCUUCGCAAAGGCCGCCGCGACCCCGGCCCUCCCUCAGCAGCCCGCCAGCGCCGGCCCUCAGCCGGGAACUGACGCGCACAGGCCCCGAGUCCGAGGGAAGCGGGAGCGAAUCUCUGGCUUGGCGCGUCUCGUGAUCCGCCCGGCGCUUAGCUUAACCGGGGCGGCUACGGCGGACGGGAGCCUCGGCGCGGUGCAGCGCAGCAGCCGCGGUUAAGGAAGCGGCCUCGGGUUUCCCUUCCCCGCGGGAGGUUGGCCAUAUCGCCCGGUUCCCAGCCUUGGACAGCCCCGAAAUGCGUCGGCCGGAACGGGCGCGAAGGGAGCCGGGCGGGCGCGGCUGCAGCCGCCGAAGGAGGAGCGCCGGCCCGUCCCCGCGGGGGGCCCCGGGACGCUCCCCGCCCCCUCCGCCCAGGCCCCAAUCAGAGCGGGAGCUCCCCACGUGGGAUCCCGGCGCGGUGAUUGGCGCAGAGCGGCGGGGACGCGCGCCCUCCCCUCCCCUCCCGCUGGCCUCGCUUCCCUCUUUCUGCCUCCGGCCGCCGCCGCUCCCCCCCUGCCCCCCCCGCACAGCUGGAGUGGAGGCCGGCGCUGCGGGGCGCCCAGAGAAGGAGCUGUGGCCGCUUGCGCCCCGCCCGGACCCCCCUCCGCGGCGAGAGAGGAGCGGAGAGCAGGGGCUCCUUCCCCGGGGGGCCUGGCCGAAGAGGACGCGGCCCGUGGGAAGUUCUCUUCGGGAGCCUCCGCGGCGGAAGCGCUUCCGCGGCCUCGCUGGAUUUCCGCGGAGCGACAGGAGGUGGAGACGCCUCUCUUGGCCCGCCCGCCCGGGCUUUGUUCGCCUGCCGUUUCCCGGCUACCUGCGGGAAGGAUCGCGGCGCAGCCCAGACUUAACUCCGCUUCGGAUCCCGGGAAACGGCCUGCCGAGGCGCGUAGCUGAAGUGCCCUGUAGUGCGCGCAGCUCUGCGGCUUGGCUGAGCGGCGCCGGAUCGGGCCGGGAAGAAUCCUCGCGAGCCUGGGGGGCUAGGAUGCCUGGGAGCGGCGGCGCAGCCACCUCGGCCGCCGCCGCAGCACCCGGAGGACGACGACGAGGAGGCGCGCCAGGCUCCCGGGGCCGGCGGCGGGGGGCUGGGGGCCGGCGGGUGCUGAGCCGCCCGCGCUCGCCUCUUUUGUCCCGGCUUCAGCAGAGUCCUGGUUCCCGUGGCGGCGGGCCAUGUAUCCGCAGGGGCGGCACCCGUCUGAAAGUGGAGUAUGAUAAGCUUGCAAAUGAAAAGACGGAAAUGCAGCGCCACUAUGUCAUGUACUAUGAAAUGUCUUACGGGUUGAACAUUGAAAUGCACAAGCAGACAGAGAUUGCCAAGAGACUGAAUACGAUUCUCGCCCAGAUCAUGCCUUUUCUAUCACAAGAGCACCAGCAGCAAGUGGCUCAGGCAGUUGAGCGGGCCAAGCAGGUGACCAUGACGGAGCUGAAUGCCAUCAUUGGGCAGCAGCAGCUCCAGGCCCAGCACCUCUCCCACGCCCCUCACGGGCCCCAGGUACAGCUGCCGCCUCACCCGUCAGGCCUGCCACCCCCAGGGAUCCCCCCUGUCCCAGGGAGCGGUUCGGGGCUCUUGGCCCUUGGGGCCCUCAGCAACCAAGCACAUUUGGCUGUGAAAGACGAGAAGCAUCCGCACGAUCUGGACCCUCGAGACCGUGACUCUAGUGCGCUUCCCCAGAACAUCUCCAUCUCCCCAUCGGAGGGCCUGCAUGCCAGCGAGAAGCACAGGGGCUGCUCAGACUAUGCCGGCAUUGAGCCCAAGAAGCGGAAGGUGGAGGAGAAGGAGGGUUUGAGCCGCUACGAUAGUGAUGGCGACAAGAGCGAUGACCUGGUUGUCGAUGUCUCCAAUGAGAACAGCUUAGCUGGGUCUGGACCUGCACUCGCAACCUCCUCAGUUCGGGGAAGGAGCCCUGGAGGUCUGCUUGUGGUGAGCACUUGCUUUUGUUGCCAGGAUCCAGCAACCCCCCGGGUGAGCCCUGCCCACUCACCUCCGGAGAACGGGCUGGAUAAAGCCCGUGGACUGAAGAAGGACGCCCCAAACAGCCCGGCCUCCGUCGCCUCCUCCAGCAGCACCCCGUCUUCCAAGACUAAAGACCACAAUGAUAAAUCCUCUACGCCUGGUUUAAAGUCCAACACUCCCACACCAAGGAGCGAUGUACCGAUGCCUGGGACAAGCAGCACUCCGGGCCUCCGACCGGCACCAGGGAAGCCCCCUGGAAUGGAUCCCUUGGCAUCUGCCUUAAGGACCCCCAUCUCCCUCGCUAGCUCUUAUGCUGCCCCCUUUGCCAUGAUGGGGCAUCACGAGAUGAAUGGCUCCCUUGCCAGCCCUGGGGCCUAUGCAGGAUUGCACAACAUCCCCCCUCAAAUGACAGCUGCCGCUGUAGCCUAUGGCCGGUCACCCAUGGUGAGCUUUGGAGCUGUUGGAUUUGACCCCCAUCCACCAAUGAGGACUCCUGUCCUGCCCUCCAUUCCUGGUGGCAAACCGGCUUACUCAUUUCACGUCGGCACAGAUGGGCAGAUGCAGCCAGUUCCGUUUCCUCAUGAUGCCCUUGCUGGCCCUGGCAUCCCCCGCCACGCCCGUCAGAUCAAUACCCUGAGCCAUGGUGAAGUGGUGUGUGCCGUGACUAUCAGCAACCCAACCAGGCAUGUGUACACAGGGGGAAAGGGCUGUGUGAAGAUUUGGGAUAUCAGCCAGCCGGGCACCAAGAACCCCAUCUCCCAGCUAGAUUGCUUGAACAGGGAUAACUACAUCCGUUCCUGCAAACUCCUUCCAGAUGGGCGCACGCUUAUUGUGGGGGGAGAGGCCAGCACCCUCACCAUUUGGGAUCUGGCUUCCCCCACCCCCAGAAUCAAGGCAGAACUGACCUCCUCUGCCCCUGCCUGUUAUGCCUUGGCCAUCAGCCCAGAUGCCAAGGUGUGCUUCUCCUGCUGCAGUGAUGGAAACAUCGCCGUCUGGGAUCUCCACAACCAGACACUGGUUAGGCAGUUCCAGGGUCACACGGAUGGCGCCAGCUGCAUUGACAUCUCCCAUGAUGGCACCAAACUCUGGACGGGGGGCUUGGACAAUACCGUGCGCUCCUGGGACCUUCGGGAAGGCAGGCAGCUACAGCAACAUGACUUCACCUCCCAGAUCUUCUCGCUCGGCUACUGUCCAACAGGCGAGUGGCUUGUAGUGGGAUUAGAGAGCAGCAAUGUGGAAGUGCUGCAUCACACCAAACCUGACAAAUAUCAGCUCCAUCUGCACGAAAGCUGUGUUCUCUCCCUGAAGUUUGCCUGUUGUGGAAAGUGGUUUGUGAGCACUGGCAAAGACAACCUUCUCAAUGCCUGGAGGACCCCGUAUGGAGCCAGCAUCUUCCAGUCAAAAGAAUCUUCUUCCGUUUUAAGCUGUGAUAUUUCAGCAGAUGACAAAUACAUUGUCACAGGUUCGGGUGACAAAAAGGCCACAGUUUACGAAGUAAUCUACUGAGUAGCUCUGACUUGGCUAAUGACUCCGGCAAAAGAACACAAAAGGAGAGCAGCUGAAGGGUCCUUUGAUGCCCCCUGGAGGGCUUUAUGACCUGGGUUGGAUCUUCUGUGACCACCUUGGAAUAACUCUGGAAGGAACUUUGAAGCUCAGUCCAGCUGAUCAGGGCAACCCAUUGUCCAGGCUGGUUGGUGUUUUUCUCUUGGUUCUUAGGCCUCACGCCUGUGAUCAGAAGGCAGCUAACGGCCUGGAUUUGCAUUCAGGAGGGACUUGUAGGAACUGUAGAUAACGGAGGAGCUUCAUGCGGAGGCUUCCUUGGUCUGCUAGCCAGCAGCGUGUUGUUGCCCUCUUUGUUUUCUGCUGCUGCCACCGCCAUCGCUUCCUUGGUCUGCUCUCGCUGUGAACUGCUUCAGUUUUGCUUCCAUUCUGGUGGUUGCCACAAUCCUUUUCCUCCCAACCCUGCCCUCCCCUCCCC